AUGAUGGUUACGGUUCUGUUCGAGGCUAUAAAAUAUCAAGAUAAGUACUGGGGCCAAAAUCAGAGUGAUCAACUGAUCGCACUAUCUCUCAUCUGCUGGCGCAGUUGUCUCGAAGCUCUAAGGGUCAGAUAUCGCAUAAACCUCGAUGAGCAACCAAAACACUCUCGAUGCACAUCGCGAAAUUGUGAGAUUGUAUGUAUUGAACAAGUCAACUCAAGCAUAUCACUCUACUCAAAGGAACUUUCACGUGUGUUUUUCAGCAAAGAGAGUAUGCGUAAUCGGAAACCUUGGUGGCUGUCGGCUUUUUAUAGUUUCUACAUUCAGAGCUUCGUACGUAAAGCUUUGAUCGUUCUUGGGGAAGACUUCUGCCCGGCAAGGCAUUCUGUAAAACAAUACCAGCAACUUCAAGUCAGGCUGUUCAUUGCCAGUAUGGGCACUUACGAUCCAAUCUCGGAACCCGACCCAGAUCUCAGUGGUGCUAUCGCCAGAGAAUUUGAGAGUGCACGACUAGCCGUUCGAAAGGCGACUUGGGCUGACUCUGGGAUACGGUCGUCGGCCGACUAUUUGAAGAUGCUCUAUGAGGACGAUGGAGAGCCGAUGGACCCGCAAGGGAACCCUCUGUUAAUCACGAGGACUUCGGCUUUGGAGAAUAUGUCUACAUGUGAAGAUUGA